GGCAGUGUCCUGUAGACAGGCCGGGUGGCCGGGGGCGGCCCAUGCACGCUGCUCACGUUCGUGGGGAAUCCCCCUCCGCCCCCUCCACCCGUGCGUCAGGCGCCAGGUUAAACCAGGGCGACAGUCGGCGGCUCCACUCACUCUGCCGAGCAGCGCCUUCAGUACAGCAUGGAGCAGCGAGCACUAGCACUAGCGCCCGUGAUGCUGAUGGCCAUGAUAGGCGCCGUGGCCGCUCAACACUUGUGCGCCAAAGGCAUGUUUCGGGACAGCAAGAACGGCCAGUGCACUCCAUGCCCAGCAACCUCUUACACCGAUACCAUGAAUAACCAGUCGCAUUGCAACCGCUGCCGCAUGUGUGCAAUAGGUAAAUCCCAGAUGCGGUUUCCGUGCCUGGCCACAUCCAACACGGUGUGCGAGUGUAAAGAGGGAUACAUGUGUACCCGUACUGACUGCAAAGCCUGCAAGCCCCACACUACGUGCAAGAGAGGACAGCGGGUGGAAGGAGAGGGCGACUCGUUCAAGGACAGGCGGUGCCGGGACUGCCGCAGCGGCACCUUUUCCAACCAGGACAAUGUUGGCACCUGCAAACCGUGGACCGACUGCUCGGCUAAAGGUCUCCAGGUAGCGAGGAACGGUUCCAGCACCGAGGAUGCAACGUGCGGCGCGCCCCUGGCAACCCCGGCGGCUGCCACCAGCUCGAACUGGUCCAAACACAGAACCCCAACACACCCCGGCCAGCUCUGGACCCCAGCCACCAAGCACGAUGGGAUUGCGGCCAUCAUCGCCAUAGUAUUGCUGCCAUGUGUCCUCAUCCCAUUCACUCUCUACGUUGUCAUGCAGAACAAGAAGUCGCAGAAGAAACCCGUGGAACUGGAUGUGAAGAACAAUGAGGACGUGCCCUUUGCCCUAGUGGUGCCCGUGGACAACCGGUGUAGCUGGCACUGUCCGGAGGAGGAGACGGGAGACUGGCAGCUUCGGCAAGAGACCGCUCCCAAACGGCCAGAGUGAGGGCGGACGUGCUGCCGAGGGACUGAGGAAUGACCGGAGGAUCAAUCCGCAAUAGUGGACCAG